UCCGGUGGCGGGCAGAGCAGCGUCACGUGGGGAUGGAGGCGGGAAGCGUGCUGGUCUGCAGGCCGUUCCGUUUAUUCCCUGCUCUGCGCGCGGAGCGGCAAUGGAAAAGUUUGCAAGCCCGGGCAAAGGCAACGGCUUGCGCCUCUUGAAAGCGGUGAAACCGGGCGAGUUGUUGUACCGGGCGGCGCCCUUCGCUUACAUCGUCAGCAAGAAGCGCCUCGGAGGCGUGUGCGAACAUUGUCUGCGCAGAAAGGAACGGCUACUGAGGUGUUCUCAAUGCAAAGUUGCAAGAUACUGUGAUGCACACUGUCAGAAAGAAGCUUGGCAGGACCAUAAACGGGAAUGCAAAUGUAUUAAAGAUAUUGACCCUAAUUUUCCUCCUGACUCAGUGAGGCUUGUUGGCAGGAUUAUUUUCAAAAUAUUAAAACAAUCGGUAUGCCCAUCUGAAGAGCUGUAUUCUCUUUCUGAUCUUCAGUCAAAUGUUGAUGAAUUAAGUGAAGACAUGAAAGAAGGUCUCCGGCACCUUGCUAAGACUCUGCAGCUGUAUUUGAAGGUGGAAAUCCAAGAUGUUUCUCAGCUUUUGCCGGCCUUAGAUAUUUUUCAGAUCUUUGCAAAAGUGACCAGUAACUGUUUCAGCAUAAGCAAUGGAGAACUGCAAGAUGUUGGUGUUGGACUUUAUCCCAGCAUGUCCUUGUUGAACAACAGUUGUGAUCCUAAUUGUGUGGUCAUCUUUGAGGGUCCCCAACUCCACCUUCGGUCCAUUCGGGAAAUGCAAUUGGGAGAAGAGCUCACCAUCAGUUAUACUGAAACUGUAAUGCCCACUCCGGAACGUCAGCAGAAUCUGAAGCGUCAGUAUUGUUUUGAAUGUGAUUGCGUCAUGUGCUCCACACAAAGCAAGCAGGAUGCUGAUAUGUUAGCAGGUGAUGAGCAAGCUUGGAAAGAAGCCAAAGAAGUUAUAAAUAAAGUAGGAGCACCAAAGUCACGUGAAGAGUGGGAGCAAGUUCUGUUGUCCUGCCAGACGUUACUGAAGAGUAACACCUCUCGUCUCCCAGACACCAACAUCUAUCAGCUAAAAUUACUUGACCUUGCCAUGGAUGCCUGCAUAAACCUGGGCCUUUGGGAAGAAGCUCUGCAUUAUGGUAACCGAACUUUGGAGCCCUACAGGUUUUAUUAUCCCGGCUUCCAUCCUUUGAGGACUAUCCAGAUGAUGAGAGUGGCCAAGUUGCAGUUCCACCAGGACAUGUCCUCUCAGGCCCUUGAAACCUUGAAACAGACUUACGAUCUUAUGAAAGUGACUCAUGGGACAGAGCACAGCCUCAUGCAGAACCUGAUGAUACUUAAAGACGAGGUGGAGGCUGGCAUGCUGUUAAAAUAAAGAUGAUGUGCAAGAGACAACCUAGCAGAAGGACAACAAAAAGGAGACUCUGAAGAAAACAUGUAUCUCUCUCAACCAGACAUAUGGCAGUAAAAUCGUCAUAUAGAUGGAUAGAUUUCCUUUGAUCUGAACAUUGCAAAGAAAAAUAGUCUGGUUGUUUUGUUAUGUAAGAUGCGCAUUAUUACUUUUGCUAAUUCUACCAAUGAAAAUUUUCAACAGUCAGUAAUUCCAGCAGGAACUGCUUCCUGCUGAGAAGUGGGUUGAAAAGACACCAGGAAAAUUCCAAGCUACAGUUUGAUUGUAAUUGAAAGAAUACGAAAUGCUCAUUUGUAUAAGUCCAUUAUUAGAUGGGUAUAAAUUAAGAAUAUACAUCCAAAUACAUUGCAAGUAUUUGAA